CGAUGGAAGUGGAAGAAGAGGUUAUGAAGUUGAUCGACGCCGCGAAGGGACUUGAGGCGGAAGCAGAAACGACAGAGUCGGAAAGUCAGCGGAGCGACCUGCUUGAGGAAGUAACGAAACUAUACCAGAAUGCGACUGAACUCGCCGAACAUCACUGGGGUCUUUACAUCGACAAUACUCUCCGAACUCGAGAUCUUUGGGCUACCAGCCUGAAAGAAGCAGGACAGAUUGGAAGUGCGAUAACAUGUGACCUUGUCAGUGUUGAAAGAUACACCAAGUCUCCAGCUCAUGGAUCGAAACACGAACAAACAUUGGACGCGCAGAGACGGCUUGCCCAGAGCUAUGGAGUCCUCGGUCAGCACAAAGAGGCCGUAGAGAUCUUCAGGUCAAUCGUCAGCAAAUGUUCAAAAUCAAAUAGAGAGAUUGAGACCUGGUGCGAUGAUCGCAGUAACCUAGCAGACGCUCUCUUCAAAUCUCCCGAUAUCAAAGACGUGCAAGAGGCGGUGGAUAUUAGUUUUGCGACUUUGCAACGGUGUGAGAAGUAUUUCGGAGAGGACCACAUGCGCACAUGCGAUGUCCGCUUCAAUCUAGGAGCCGAGUUCCAAAAGUUGAAGAAAUACAUAGACGCCUUGGAUCAUUUUCAAAAGAACUGGGCAAUCCUAACGCGAGAUACAUGCCAAUGUAAAUCCGAUCCAUCGUAUGAAGGGUUGAUGGACGUUUUGAAGAAAUCUAUACGGAAAUGUGAGAGAAGUAUCGCAAGACAAGUCAAAAAGGAGAGAGAAGAACGAGAGGCCCAGGAUGCCAAAGAAAAGAAGGAACAAGAAAUCACUCCAAAAGGUGAAUUGGAAGUUAAACAAAAAGACGACACCAAAGAAGAAGAAGACGCCAAAGCAAGCAAGGGCCAAGGUACUGAGCUGCAACAACCACACGAGGAUUCACCGGAUACAGAAAAGAGGGACCAAGGAGCUGAAAACGAGGAACAACAACGCGGAGAUAUUGAGGAACAGAGGAUAAGAGAAGAUGACGCGCAAAGAGCUAGUAAUGAGAGUGAGCUCAAAGCUAAGGAAAAGGCAGAGCGAGAGGCGGCGCUGGAGCGGGAACGAAAAGCCCAGGAAGAGAAGGACCGAAUCUCUCGAGAGGAAGCAGCAGCACGAAAAGCACAGGAAGAAAGAGAACGGAGGGCCCGGGAAGAAGCAGAACGAGCAGCUAAGGAGGAGGCUGACCGAAAGGCUCGAGAAGAAGCAGAACGAACAGCCCGAGAAGAAGCGGAACGAAUAGUUCGAGAAGAAGCGGAACGAAAAGCACAAGAGGAGUCAGAACGAAAAGCGCAGGCACUAGCCCAGGAAGAGGAAGAUCGAAAGGCUCAAGAAGAAGCAGAGCGAAAAGCUAGGGAAGAGGAAUCAGAACGGAAAGCCCGGGAAGCAGCCGACCGGAUAGCCCGAGAAGCGGCAGAACGGAAAGCCGAGGAAGAGAGGGAACGAGAGGCAAUGCUAGAACGUGAACGACUGGAAAACGAGGAGCGCGAACGACAAGCAAAGGAGGAGCGUGAAAAGGCAGCCAAGAAGGAGAAGGAGGCACAAGCAUUCAAAGAACAGGAAGCUUAUGUAAAGGCGGAACAAGAGCGCGAACGAAUUGAGAAGCAGCGACAAGACGAAGCCGAACGGCUCCGACUGGAACAGCUUGAUCAUCAGAAGAGGCAGGAAGAACUGGAGAGAGAGGGGCUGUUGAUGGAAGCACGAAGGAUAGAGAAACCGUCAGCAGAUUCACAACCACAGCCUUUGGACUCGUCAAACCACUCUCAAAUCGCAGAACAGACCAGCCAAGAUGAAAUCCCUCCAAUGCAACAAUACCUACCAGGAGUGUGGGUGACCAACACCAACGUUGAUACACGUACAGUGGAAGAUUUGAGUAGCAACAUUACGCCCAAGGACCUGUCGACGGAACGAACAACCCCAGACCACCAAAGCGAGAACAGCCGUACUGUAGAGCCAACGGAUGAGGCUGCAGGCUUGCAUACAGAUCCACCUAUAGGCGACUGCAUAGUUACCGGGCCAGGGUCCGAGUACAAUGCUAUGGCGUCUAGAAGCAUACAGGAUGCGCCAACUGCAUCGAACAAACAUCACCAGGCACCGACGACACCUUUGACGAACAGCAUUCUCAAGACAUUUGCACUUGCAACAUCCACAGUCACGGGAAUCGCUACACUGCGACCACCAGUCUCUAAUCGUGGUACACGAUCCCAUAGCGUUGGCCAUACUAAACGCAAAUCGAUGCCAGUGGACUUGGGCAAGAUCAAAGACAAGGGAACUCUCGGCGACAUACAACGAGACCCUAGGAUUGAUGACCACCACAAAGAGCAGACUGUACAUACACCAAAUCUCAGCCUCAGUCCAGUUGUGCCAUAUGUUCGGAGAAAGUCUGUGGACGAGACCCGGGUCCCUGGUGGCUGGCCAACUGUUUCUGAUGAUCGGGAGGCUGUGAAGAGUGAUCCUAACCUUCUGAACAAAUCAGCUCCUCCAGAGAUAAACCAAAUCCUAACUCAAAGUAGACCAGCAGCCAUGACAGAUAGCUGGUUCAAAAAAUUACGGAAUGAGACUCAUAAGUUGCUGGACAAAUACAAGGGACACGUACACCCAGGUCUAAAGUCUCGGACCGUAAAAAUUGCUAUUCUCGAUACCGGAAUAGCACGAACAACGAAUGCCCCACCCAUGAUCAAACUUGCAGCAAGCCGUAUCAAGACCGUGAAGACUGCGACGAACCCGCUCAAGCCGUUCGAAGAUACAGAUGGUCAUGGCACGCAUGCUGCUGGUUUGAUAUUGAAGACAUGCCCCUAUGCCGAUCUUUACGUAUAUCGAGUUGCAGAGAGGGACGACUUCUUCCCGGAGAUAGUGGCAGAAGCUCUAACCAAUGCAAUCGACGUGAAGCAGGUGGAUAUUGUCCGAGAACCUCAGGAAAGUCAUAUCAAGGGCAAAAGACAAAGGGGUUUUAUUAUUUGCCGCAAGCUCAAACGAGGGUAUUGGAGCCAAAACCAUUGCGUAUCCAGCGAGAGCACUUGA